GGGCUCCACCCCUAAAGAGCCAUGGCGGCCGCAUUCCAAUGGGCGUGGUCACAUGACGUGCGGCCGCUCCUUACCGGGGCACCGGGGGGCGGGGGGAUACGAACUGGAAGAGGGGGGAGGAAUUUUCUUCCGGGGUGCGGCCCGCUCGGGGGGUUUCGCUUCCGGGACGGUGUUCCGGCCCGUUCCCACCCCCGGGAGCUGGGUUGUACACCUACAACUGGGGCAGCCAUGGAGAAAAGUGGAAACAUUCAACUGGAGAUCCCUGACUUCAGCAACUCUGUCCUGAGCCACCUCAAUCAGCUGCGCAUGCAGGGCCGCCUGUGUGACAUAGUGGUCAACGUGCAAGGACAGGCUUUCCGUGCUCACAAAGUGGUGCUGGCUGCUAGCUCGCCCUACUUCCGUGACCAUAUGUCAUUGAACGAGAUGAGCACGGUCUCCAUUUCAGUCAUCAAGAACCCCACUGUUUUUGAGCAGCUCCUUUCCUUUUGUUAUACCGGGCGGAUAUGCCUGCAGUUGGCUGACAUCAUCAGUUACCUAACAGCAGCCAGCUUCCUGCAGAUGCAGCACAUUAUAGACAAAUGCACGCAGAUCCUCGAGGGAAUUCACUUCAAAAUUAACGUGGCAGAGGUUGAAGCUGAACCGAGCCAGACUAGAACAAAGCAUCAGGAGAGACCCCCAGAGUCUCACCGGGUUACCCCAAAUCUAAACCGCUCUCUGAGCCCACGCCACAAUACUCCAAAAGGGAGUCGUCUAGGCCAGGUCAGCACUGUGCUGGACAUUCGGGAGCUGAGCCCUCCUGACGAGUCCACCAGCCCUCAGAUAAUUGAGCAGAGUUCAGAUGUGGAGAGCAGGGAGCCCAUAUUGCGGAUUAACAGAGCAGGACAGUGGUAUGUUGAGACAGGAGUGGCAGACCGUGGGGGACGGAAUGACGAUGAUGUUAGGGUGCUUGGAGGAGUGCGCAUUAAAACGGAGAACCUGGAGGAGUGGCUGGGAACGGAGAAUCAGCCAUCGGGAGAAGAUGGGAGCAGCGCUGAGGAGGUCACAACCAUGGUAAUUGACACAACAGGCCAUGGAUCGAUGGGCCAGGAGACUUACACAUUAGGGUCAUCAGGAGCCAAAGUGGUUAGGCCAACCAGCAGUGAGAUUGACAGAUUUAGCCCUUCGGGCAGCAUGGUUACUGUAACUGAGCGGUACAGAUCGAAAAGUGAAUCUCCCGGGCGGAUGGAUGAGCCUAAGCAGCCCAAUUCCCAGGUAGAGGAGUCCGCCAUGAUUGGAGUGAGCGGUUAUGUUGAGUAUCUCCGUGAACAGGAAGUGUCUGAGCGGUGGUUCCGGUACAACCCGCGGCUCACCUGCAUUUACUGUGCCAAAUCCUUCAACCAGAAAGGCAGUCUAGACCGGCAUAUGCGUCUUCACAUGGGCAUCACGCCCUUCGUCUGCCGCAUGUGCGGUAAAAAGUACACCCGCAAGGAUCAGCUGGAGUACCACAUCCGCAAGCACACAGGCAACAAGCCCUUUCAUUGCCACGUUUGCGGCAAGAGCUUCCCUUUCCAGGCCAUCCUCAACCAACACUUUCGCAAAAACCACCCUGGCUGCAUGCCUCUGGAGGGGCCGCACAGCAUUUCCCCCGAGACCACCGUCACCUCCAGGGGGCAGGCCGAGGAAGAGUCUCCCCCACAGGAGGAAGCUGUUGUGGCAGGGGAGACGGCACAGGGAUCUGUGUCCACCACCGGGCCAGAUUGAAACGGGCUGUGGGAGAGGACCCUCUUCCCGUUUGGCUGUAAGCAGUCAGCACCGAGAUGGCGGGCUGGUACUGGAAUCAGUGCAGUGCCACCAUCGGACGGGAUGUUGCCAAAACAGAAGAUUAACAAAAACAAAGUGCUAAAAGCUUUUCCCCUUUUCCUCAUCUCCUUGGGAAAAAACAAAACUGGGUCAAUCGACUUCUGAUUCAGGGAUCGACGGGAUUUUUUAAUGUUUUUAAUAUAUUCAGUAGCGAUCCAGGAGAAGCAGUUGUUUUAUUUCUUGACAGCAUUUUGGCUCAGCACUUCGGUCUCUGUGGUGGUGUUGGCUGUAGUGGCCCUAAUUCAGUGAGUGCAGUGCACAGGUGUCUGUCUGCGCAACAGCUGCUGCUCCAUCACAUGAGGUAGCAGGGGCAAGGAACACUUACCCUCCCCUUUUCCCAGGUAGUUGUCAUGUUAAAGAAAUCUCACUCUCCUGGUGGAUCUUGCCCUGCCUGAGUGUAUUUAUCCUGUCUUAUUUUGGUGUGUGUCUUUUAAAAUUUUAAUUAAACCAUUAUUGUAGGGCUUUCUACUUGCCCUUUCCAGGCAUAUGGCAUUCUGCCCACUUGUUAAAAGCAGGCAGCAACCAUUUGAGCAGUAUUCUAGAGGUCAGCAACAUCUGAAGCGCUUAGGCUACUGAAAGUAAAAUUAGCAGCUGUGAGGUUUGCAUUAGACUCGUCUACAUUUUUUGAGGAGGGGAUUUGGGACAGGGUGCACUUAUUGGUGCUAGUAUUAAUAGCACAGAGCAUUCCAACUUCCUGACUGGUUUCUGCACACUGCAGUGCUUCACAUGUUGCCAAGAGUUAGGAAGAGGUUUCUUGUCUGGAUGAAUUGACAAGCGAGAGGCUGGCUACCUAAGUCAUCAUUGGCAUCACUUGCACUUGGUCUUACAUAACAGCAAUACUAUAUAUCGAAACAGUCCAAUCCCAGUGAAAUUAUCAUGGGUUGUUGUUUUUAACUAUGUCUCUGUGUACUAGUUUGAUAAGUUUAUAUAAAUCAAAUGCAAAAAAAACCGACAUAAACUCUUCAUAAUGGUUCAGGAAAUUCAAAGUUGCUGCUCCUACAAUAAUUGUAACUCUGUCCCUUGCACAUAUUAUAUUCCAAGUAGCUCUGAAGUUAAGGGUAAGUGUAACAAACCCAGAGAGACAUGCCUGCAUCAUGUCUCAGACAUGUUUGCACGUGUGUAUGUGUUCAUAAAUAAAAAAAACAGCGCAGGUACAUAGGUGCAAAUUCAAAAGAGCAAAUGUCUUGAUGCCCUUUAAAAAACUCUUUAAAGAUAUGCAGUAGUUUAAGAGUUAGCUUUGGUGCUGGGUUGUAUGUAAGUGCAAAUAGGAAUGAACUGCUGGUCCUACUGCUUUUGGAGCUUGGAAUUGGGGAGCCUGCGUGUCUGAAGGAAGCCUGUCUUCCGAGGGAACAUAGGCCUGGUCUACAGUGGGGGGCAGGGAGGUUGAUGUAAGAUACACAAGUUCAGCUACGGGAAUAGCGUAGCUGAAGUCAACGUAUCUUAUUUCGACUUACCUCCCAUCCUCACAGCGCAGGAUCGACAGCCGCGGCUCCCCAUCGAUUCCGCUUCCGCCUCUCUCCUUGGUGGAGUUCGGGAGUCGACGGGAGCGUGUUCGGGGAUCGAUUUAUUGCAUCUAGAUGAGACACGAUAAAUCGAUCCCCGACAGAUCGAUCACUACCCACCGGAUCUGGCGGGUAGUGUGGAUGGGGGAAGAUGAACAUCAGGCUAGUGGGAGGAGCAAGGAGGCAUCUGAAAAACAGUGUAAACAUUAGCACAGAAUUGACGGACAGGAGACCUCCGUUUUAUUCCUUUCCCUUCUAGUGACUUGGGGUACAUCUACAUGCCAAAAAAAGACCUGUGGCAGUGAGUCUCAGAGCUUGGUCAGUUGACUCAGGCUAGCAGGGCUCAUGCUGCAGAGCUAAAAAAUAGCAAUGUAGACAUUUGGGCUCAGACUGGAGCCUGGAUUCUGAAACUUGGCAAAGGGAGAGUCAUGGAUCCUAGGCUUCAGCCCGAACCCGAACAUCUACACUGCUGUUUUUAGCCCCACAAUGCAAGCCCGAGUCAGUUGACCCAGGCUGUGAGACUUCUUGCGACAGAAUUUUGUGGUUUGCUGUGUAGAUGCACCUCACAGUGUAACCUUGGGCAAACCAAGCCUUCCUGUGCCAGUUUCCCUAUCUGUAAAAUGGGGAUAAUAAUACUUCCCUACCUCACAGUACGCUUGGAUGGAAGAAUCUCUAGAAGGGCAAAGUAUUAUUAUCCAAUCUCCUUCUGUGUAAUACAAGGGUCACGCUCCCUCCUCCACCUCUUUCCCAGCUAGCGAAGGCUGUGGUAGUGUGGCUCUGGAUGUGCAAUGUAGGGGAGGCAAAUUGGAAUAGGCAGUUUGAAUCUGGUGGUGCCAUGAUAGAAUGCAAUGAGGAUGCUCUCUCAGAAGGAAGCUUUGGGGAUGUUCUGAGGUAGGAUAGUUGCAAAAUACAGUUCUGUUGAUUACAGUAGAACCUCAGAGUUAUGAACACCAGAGUUAAAACCACAAGUACACAAUCAAGCAGCAGCAAAGACAAA